AUGGUUAUGAUGAUACCAAAAGUAUUAUCUAUUCCUUUUCCGCAACAGUCAUCGACGAGGAAUUCCCCUAAUUUUCCGGUAGAUGAACCUGCCUCCGAACCUGAACCCGAAAAAGAGAAUCAUUUAUUAUAUUGGAUAUUUGGUAUCAUAGGUAUCGCUGUAUUCGUGGAAAUUAUAUAUUGGAUAUAUAGAUGUAUUCAUUUGUUAAGGAAGGGAUUUGGAAGAAAUGAUAAUAAUUAUAAUAUUCAAAGCGCUAACGGGAAUUAUAUUAAUAAUCUUUCAAUUAAUCGUAGGAGAGGUUUAUUUGAUACUCCAUCAUAUGCUGGUUCUAUUGAUGAAGAAUUACCUCCUUACGAAGGUUUUAGUUUACCUAAAUAUAAUCAUAUCAUAAACGAAAAUAUUUCUUCUAAUGAAGGUGACCGAGGAUCAAUUGUUUUUCCUCGAGAAACCAUCCAAAUGAUAGAAUUAGAUUUAAAUUCAAAUAGCGAUGAUAAUAUUUUCGUUUAA